AUGCCUGCGACGUAUUUUGUUGAUGAGGUAGUAUUGAAGAAUAUUACAACUAUUUUUUUUACCUCGGAAAGCUGUGCUCAUUACUAUCUUUGUAUCAUGAAACACAAAAAGAAGAACAUUUCAGUAAAAACAUUACGGAUCAUAUCACCUACACCAAUAAACCAAAGACCUUCCAAAGACGUUGAGCUGAAAUUUUCUGAACAAUCUAUGAUGGUGCAUGUUCUUGAAGGCGGUUUGUGGCUGAAUAGAGAUGGUAUUUCGGAAAAAACUACAGAAGAACUGAAAUUUUUUAUUCAAACUAACGAAUCAAUAUUUUACAUCAAUUGUUUGGGUGGCCCAAGGGAAUUUAUUGACAAUACUGCGCCAAAUUACAAAAAAUUAACAGAAGACUGCUUCGCUGCUUUUAAACGUAUUUCCAAUAGUAAUAAUUUACCGACCCAGGCCAUCCGAAAUAAUUUGUGGGUACCGUUCAAGUAUCCAAUGUGUUGCCAGUAG